GUAGGGGUGAAAUGGCGCUAGGCGCGGUAUUUUGAACAAUCGUCUACGUUUCUGUGCGUUUUACCGAGAUGUUGCUCCGCCUGUACGGAACGGCGAAGGAGUGUGUGCGUUAACACGUUUUGAGUCAAGUAUUGCACGGAGGGGAAAAACAAGCCACGUAAGAAUCUAUUCGCUGUGUGAAAGGGGCAAGAUAAUGUUAGCCAAAAUGCUAAUGAGUUAGCUGCUGGCCAGGCUGGCUAGCUAACAGCUGAUUAUGUCCAUUUGGACAGUUAGCAGACAGCUAGCUGCAUAUGAAGAUGGCUUAUUCUAACAGCUAACUUAGCUUAGCAUAGGACUCCUGUUGUAGGAGCGAUAUGAAGUUGGAAAACAUGCAUAGGCACAUUAUAACACCUUUAUUUGCCUUUCGUUCAGAUAAAGGUGACUAUCAACGUUGCAUAGCUAACGUUAGAUUGCAUAACUAUUUUGCUGAUCUUUGAGAAUGACAUUGAUUAUUCAGUCUGUAACUUUAUGUGAUUUAAUGUGAAUGACAUCAAAUUCAUUGCAAAUGCAGCCCGCUAGCUUGUUUCCAGCACCCUGACGGAUGGAGAGUAAUUUUCUAAUUUCGCUCGCCCAGUUUGCCGUUAGGGCUUGUCGUUGUUUAGCUUGCAGGGUUUUUUUUGCCACUGCAGUAAUCCUGUCUAUUCAAUUUUGGCUAGCCUGAAAAUACCCUCCUAGUCUAGUCUGUCUACUGUCUGUUUUGUGAAAUGGCUUGAAAGCAGCUGGGGCUUUGACUGUCAAAUGGUUUGAUGCUCGCCUCUGGGGCUUGGUUCCUCUGAAGGUUUCUUUCUUCCCAAGGGAGGUCAUAUCCCCCUUUUUUAUCUAGGUUUCUGGGGUUUUGUUCUGUGACAACUUACUGUAAAAAGCGCAGUUCUAAUGACAUUUGAUUAUUUUACAUUUGAAUCUGCUUUCCAAAAAACACAAAAUAACAGUUCACCACAGUUGAUUACCAAUGGACAAUAAUUUAGAUGUAUUAUUCGUGUCGUUAUUCACUGUAUAGUUCUACACAGAGUACCAUGUAAAUAUUUACAAGAUCAUAUGGUUUGUAACAGUAUGUGACAACGCGGAUUACUCUUGUAAUAUUACUGUGUUGCACUACCCGGUAAUAAUCUAUUGUAAACUGUGCCCCAAUUACUUCAUUGGUAAACAAGAUCCAUGGCAUGGGCGUUCAUCUCUAUUGCUCUUUCUUCCUCUCAUCUCUUUAGUUAACUGAUGACGAGGUGAAAAUGGCGGAUCUUUCGAAAUCCAACCCCGGCCUGAAAAUAGAAACGUAGCUAGCUGGUAAGCUAGCUGUUCGUUUUCAUAGUGCUGCUCCUGUCACCAAUUGAUGAUUUUGACAGGCUGCUUAGUUGAGAAAACAGGAAUCAGGCUCCGAUCAUAUCCUUUAGAAAAUUGAGAAGAUGAACAUCGAUACCCCGUAGUUUAUCGACUUGUAGUGGGCCAUCUGUCUUAUUUGGAGUACGGCGGAGGUAGGACAAAGAUUGUUAUUUUCUUGAUGUCCGAAGCGGCCUAGCCAAGCUAGCUACGUUAGCUAGCUAGCUAACUAGCUAUCCACACAAUCGAUUACAUGUUAGUUAGCUAGCUAGCUAAACUCUAUUAACUUAUACCGUUCGAAAUCAGGUGGACUUUGUUGCAAAGUAAGCGUUUAAUGUAGUAUUGCAAUCAAAGAGUUAGGGUCAUAAUGUCGUUACAUAAACAAAUAUUUGUUAUUGUUCUUGGUGGUUGGCUAAACUACCGCAUUUAGCUAUCUAACGUUAGUGUUACUACCACUGCAGAUCCAUUGCAACAUUUCUAAUGCUAUUUAAACAGAUAAUUUAUGAAUGUAUUCUGUAACGUCAGAUACACGAUGUUGCAUUGCCUAUGUGUGUAACAACAUGUUCAUUUCUUAUGAAUUCAUCGCUGUCUUUGAAACUAUUUGGUGGAUUUGCUCUUGAGUCUUGCGUUAUUGAUAGCAGAUCUAUGAAUCUUAAUAUAUUUACUGAUGUCACACACUGCAUGUUUUGAGCUGUAUAUGACAAUGACAUCCUUAAAAUCAAUGGGUUUGCACCUUCCCCUGUCUUUGCAGUAGUGUGUGUGUGUGUGUGUGCAACAUCCACAUCGUUCUAUGCAAACAUCAACACAUGUUCAUAUGCAGGAAUUGGGAAAAGGUCAUUCAGUUUAAGGCAUCCCACUAGGCAUCUCACUUUUAUUUAUUGAUAGAAAAUACUUUUGUAAUUGUUCUUGGUUGCCUAUCAAUUGCUUAUUGGCACCAAGCAGGAUCUAAAAAACCUCUGGUUGGAAAUGCAUGUUUAGGCUAUAUCCCAAAAGUUGCAGCAGCAAAUGUUUUGGACAAUCUAUUUCCGUCAGUUUGACACGAAACGAAAGUACCAGAAAAGGUGUUUUACAGGUCUAAUAGCUUGGUGGAGCCAUUGGACUGACAUUCUGACGUUCCCUGUUUUGUCUCCUGCAGUGACUGAGUUGAGCUGAGUGUAAACCUGCAGACAUGGACGUGGUGUCGCCAGAGCUGAACAUCCUCCUCCCUGACGAGAUAAUGGACACAGAGGCCAUCGUCAUGGACGACGACCCUCCCUCAGAGUCCCCUGCAGCCUCUGGCCAAUCACAGCCCAGCGACAAUGCACCAAUCCCCAUGGAAACAGAUGUGCCCGCCGUCCCAGAGAUCGUUAGCCUGUGUUCGAAUGCCCCUCCGACCCAGCGGACCCAGGCCCUGACCACCUCCAUCACCACAGACUCCACCCUCUGUAGCACCACCUCCGCCACCCAGCUCCUCCUCACCCCCUCCAUACCUUCAUCCUCCCCCCUCACCCUCCGACCCACCACAGCCUCCACCCUCACCUCCACCACCCCCAAAACCACCAGCAGCCCGGCCGGGGUCAGUCUCACCUCGGGGGGCUUACAGAAGCUCUCAGCUCCCUUCAUCCUCUCAGCCAACCACCAGAUCGUCCUCAAUAAGGUGGCCUCAUCCCCGGGAGCAGACACCACCAGGUACCCAGGCAUCACCACCACAACUACCACCACCACUCCAGGGGGCCAGAAGUUCAUGGUGACGGCCAUAGGCAAGUCAGGCCAGUCUAUUGUGCUCCAGCUGCCCCACACGGGCUCCAAGCCUGGCUCAGGGCAGGGGGAGGCCAAGGCCCACCCGCAGCAUUUCAAGGUGGUGACGAUAGCGGGGAGGACAGACCUGAAGCCGGUCAUGGUGGGGCAGGCGGUCAGCUCGGCCAGUCAGGUGUCCACCCUGCAGGCCCAGCAGCUGAAGACUGUUCAGGUGAGACCUGAUUUGUUUACUUGUUUGUUAACCUGUUUGUCUAUGCUCAGCUGUGUACACGUUUUGUAGUGACAAGAAUAAUUUAGCCAUGGGUUACCUUUGGUGGAGGAGUUUUGCUGGUGAUUUGGUAGGCUUUAUGUGUAGGUCUCUUCUUUGCUGUAGUUUACAGUAAAGGUAAAUAAAUGUAUUUGCCAACAGAUUGCAAAGAAAACGCAGGUGUCGUCAGCUGGGCCAAUCAAGUUCAUCAUCACUAAAGCUGUCAACAACAAAGGUCUGACCGCCCAGACAUCAGUAUCCAAUGUCAUUACAGGUAAUCACCCUCACGUGUUUCUCAUAUUGACCCCUUCAUAGAAAGAAUGCUUGCUUUGUAAUGUGCCACACACUCAUGGACAGCUGUGUAAUCAUUGAACGUACAGCCUGAGUUAAAACUGUCAUAACUGCUUUGAGCCAUAGAAAUGUAUGUAGACUUUGAUCCCUGCCCCUGGUUCUGACCUCAUCGUUGUGAUUCUGUGCCCUCCCCCAACCCCACCUCCCAGGUCGAGUCCUGUCCACAAGCAGCCCAGUGACUCCCCCGCGGACCAUCACCCUCUCUGAGACCCUCAGCACCAGCAGCAAGAUUGCCAUUUCCCCGCUCAAGUCACCUAGCAAGGUCAGACAUGCUGCCACUUAAUCCCUCUGCAGUUUUCCCCAUUUUGCGUUUUGGAUUUCAUGACUAAACAUAUCAUUCUGUUUUCUCUUUGUGUAACAGUUGACAGUGGUGUCGGUGGCCUCCCAGGUCCCCAACUCCCCUCAGAAGUCAGUGUCUCUGCCGCUCAACAUGGCCCACCUUGGACAUCAGAUACUAGUACAACAGUCUACAGCCACCUCCCCAGCCAAGGUAGUCUCCAGCCAUUCUACUGCAUAGGUACAACUAACCUCUAUAACAGUGUUUCUCUGGGUCUCUGGGACCCCAGCCUCAGGACUGCAAUUUUUUUGUUCUAUUCAAGCACUGGAUCACCUGAUUUCAACUAGCCAACUAAUCACCAAAAAGUAGCCUUCCGGAACAGCUCAUAGGAGCAUGAGUCUAGUGUCCUGUCCAGUACACCCCCUGGACAGGACACUAGUCUAUCGCAGGGCCAUCUCCUUAAUGUUGAGUGCCAAGCAGAGACGCAUUGCGUCCUAUUUUAACUUUGGUAUGACUUGGCCGGGGAUCGUACUCCUAACCUUCCAAUCUCACGGCGGACACUCUAACCACAAGCCCACCAAGUUUAUCACCAAGACCUUGAUCAUUUGAAUCAGGCAUGCUACUGCUGAUGAUCUUGACCAUUCUUCUCCUCUCUCCUCACAGCCAAUGAAGCCGGUGCAGACUGUGACGGUGGGCGGCCCCCAGUUUAAGACCAUCUUCCCCCACUCCACCUCGUCCAACGUGCAGCAGAUCCAGGUGCCAGGCAGCCGCUUCCACUACGUCAGGCUGGUCACUGCCACCACGGGCAGCAGCACGGGACAGGCUGGCAGCCACAGCACCAUCUCAUCCAUGACAGGUAGGAGACAGACUCCCGACUCACCAUCCAUAGCACUUUGUGACAUCUGCUGAUGUAAACUUUAUAAAUACAUUUGAUUGAUUGGUUGACCAUCCAUAGAGACUGGUAGGGGAAGUCUUUUAGGUCCAAACAGUGCCAUAAUAUACAGGAGCAUUUACCACUGUGUGCUGGUGUUUCAUAUGAACUCUGUUCCUUCCACAGCCAAGCCCAUGGUGGUCAACACAGCCCAAGUCAGGAUGUCUGUCCCCUUCAUCCCAGCACAGACCAUGAAGCAGGUGACACACAAACACACGUUACAUACAGAUUGAAUUGCUCCCCUACACAGUCAUUCACUCGGCCACAACAGCUACAUACAUGCACUAUCAAUUAAUAUAGUGUAAUUUUAACUAAACUUCAUUACUGUCCCCCUCUCUCAGGUGGUGCCCAAGCCCCUGACAUCGUCGGGCCAGGUGCUGACAACCCAGACACAGCAGAGGUUGAUCAUGCCCGCCACGCCCCUGCCCCAGAUCCAGCCGAACCUCACCAACCUACCUCCGGGCACCGUGCUAGCGCCUGGGUCUGGGAACAUGGGCUACGCUGUGCUGCCCGCACAUUAUGUCACACAGGUACAAGGCUGGGAUGUGUGUUGGAUGUAUUUUAAACGUGUGUGUGUCCGUGUUCUCACGUCUCUCUCGCUCUCGUCCAGCUCCAACAGUCUGCGUAUGUGACUUUGGCCAGCAGCUCUGGGUUCUCCACCCCUACAGGCAUCCAGACUCAGGCCAGACUGCCUCUCAACGGGUAAGCACACCAUCACACAGUGGAAAUCUCCAGCUGGAUAUGAUCUGUGCUUUGAUGGGAAAGAAGUCCUUGUCAGUAAAAAUACGGUUUGCGAUCAAGCACCUUACAUUUUUACAUUUACAUUUUAGUCAUUUAGCAGACGCUCUUAUCCAGAGCGACUUACAGUUAGUGAAUACAUAUAUUAUUUUUAUACUGGCCCCCCGUGGGAAUCGAACCCACAACCCUGGCGUUGCAUGCUCUAUCAACUGAGCUACAUCCCUGCCGGCCAUUCCCUCCCCUACCCUGGACGACGCUGGGCCAAUUGUGCGCCGCCCAUGAGUCUCCCGGUCGCGGCCGGCUGCGACAGAGCCUGGAUUCGAACCAGGAUCUCUAGUGGCACAGUUAGCACUGCCUUAGACCACUGCGCCACUCAGGAGUACAAAAGUAUUGGGACCUUGUUUUGAUGUUUGAAAUGCUAGAUUUAUUUAUUUACAGAGCUCCAAAAGCAUUUGUUUGUUUUGGCUCUGUACUCCAGCACUUUGGAUUUGAAAUGACACAAUGACUAUGAGGUUAAAGUGCACUGUCAGCUUUAAUUUGAGGGUAUUUUCAUCCAAAUUGGGUGAACCGUUUAGAAAUUACAGCACUUUGUACAUAGUCCCCUCAUUUUGGGGACCAAAAGUAUUGGGACAAAUUCACUUAUAUGCGCAUUAAAGUAGUAAAACGUUUAGUAUUUGUGGUCCCAUAUUCAUAGCACACAAUGACUACAUCAAGCUUGUGACUCUACAAAUCUGUUAGAUGCAUUUGCUGUUUGUUUGGGUUAUGUUUCAGAUUAUUUUGUGCCCUAAAGAAAUUAAUGGUAAAUAAUGUGUUGUACAAUUUUGGAGUCACUUUUAUUGUAAAUAAGAUUAAAAUGUUUCUAAACACUUGUACAUUAAUGUGGAUGCUACCAUGAUUACGGAUAAUUCUGAAUGAAUCGUGAAUAAUGAUGAAUGAGAAAGACACACAAAUAUAAGGUUAGCAUUUUUGGGGUGGUGUAUGAUAUUUGUGUGUGUAACUUUGUCACUCAUCAUUAUUCACAAUUCAUUCAGGAUUAUCUGUAAUCAUGGUAGCAUCCACAUUAAUGUACAAGUGUUUAGAAACAUAUUCUAUUCUUAUUUACAAUUUAGUAAUUGUAUCAUUUCAAAUCCAAAGUGCUGGUGUACAGAACCAAAACCAAAAAAUGUGUCACUGUCCCAAUACUUGUGGAGCUCACUGUAUUUCAUGUUUUUGUGUCACACACCGGAUAGAUGCAGUGAAAUGUGUUGUUUUACAGGGUCAGCCAUAGUAGUACGCCACCCCUGGAGCAAAUUGGGGUUAAGUGCCUUGCUCAAGGGAACAUCCACAGAUUUUUAUGACGACGUUGUUAUAAACUCAAUGCGCUGACUAAUCAUAAACGUAUUCCUUCCUCCCACAGCUUAUCAACAUCAGACGCUGCCUCCAGACCACGGAAGUCCUGCAACUGCAACAAGUCUCAGUGUCUCAAACUGUAAUGUACUAUAAUAACUUACAGGGAACUCAACCCACUCAACUGUUCAUGUGUAACAGAAUUCCUGUAUUUAGAGUGUAGAUGUCAUUGAGAUGGGCCUAACCUCUAGCUGUCCAUGUUGUGUCUGAAUGGGGUCUUGCUCUCUCUGCAGGUACUGUGACUGCUUUGCCAACGGGGAGUUCUGUCAGAGCUGUAAUUGUACCAACUGCUUCAACAACCUGGAACACGAGACCGAGCGAGCUAAAGCCAUCAAGGUGAGGAACAGGCCACCACUGCAAGACAAAUCAGAUUUGACUCAACUCUAUUUGUCACACCUUGCUUGGUUUUUGUGUGGAGAAAAACGUUGUGUGACUAAUGUACUCCUUGAUUAGUGUUAUCAUUUGGUCUUGUGUGAAAAGUAACCACCCCGUUAUAUCUGACUACUUGUGUAAAGAGUUGUUUUAAAAGGGGUGUAUUAUUUCCCCAGGCGUGUCUGGACCGUAACCCGGAGGCGUUCAAGCCGAAGAUCGGUAAAGGUAAAGAGGGCGAGUCGGAUCGCAGACACAGCAAAGGCUGCAACUGUAAACGCUCAGGCUGCCUGAAGAACUACUGCGAGUGUUACGAGGUGGGCCUCCCUCUCUCUCUCACCAACACACCUGUCCUUCUACGGGUGGCUGUUAGUUUUAUUCCGUACUGUUCUAUUCCAUCUUACUUUCACUUUUCCAAUCUUUUGAUAUCAGUGUAGAUGAAAGGUAGGAAACGAUGUGAAGACUAGGGUUGUGGCGGUCAUGACAUUUUGUCAGCCUUUAACUGUCAUGUAAAUAACUGCCGGUCUCACAGUAAUUGACCGUUAAUUAACAUAAACACGUUUAGCAUCUCCGGGCUUCCACGCAUAGCCUACAAGCCACUGAUGUGGACCUUUGGAACAUCUACAUUUUAAAAAGUUGAAUAAAUCCAUUUAAUAUAGCCUACACCAUCACAAGAAAUCCAUUAUUUAUUUUAGGCCGGUCUAAAGAAACAUUAUGAUAUGAAGAAAAUGUAGCCUAUUUUAGAAGAACAGAAUAGUAUAUUCUGAGUCGUCCUUAUGUUAGGCCCUGAUCUGGCUAUGCCAUAUGGCAGUUGGCUACACUAGUUCAUUUAGCAGAUAAGAUUGGCUUAUAAUUCCCGUGGCAUUAUUUUAUGGUAAGAAGAAUACAGUUGAACAUAGCUGAAUAAAAUUUGAAAUGAUAUUUUUCCAGAACGAUUUCAGAGGUUGUUCACACAUGCUGUUAUUCUGUGUUGAGGGGUUAACAAAGUGAUCAUUUGGCCUUCCGAGUGGCGCAGCGGUCUACAGGGUGCUUGAGGCGUCACUACAGGGUUCAAUCCCAGGGUGUGUCACAGCCGGCCGUGACCGGGACACCCAUGACCCAUCAGCUUGCAGGCACCCUGCCCGCCACAGCCACAAGGAGUCGCUGGAGUGCGAUGGGACAAAGAAAUCCGCACAGAUGGCCCAGCGUCGUGCAGGUUAGGGGAGGGUUUGGCCGGCCGGGAUAUCCUUGUCCCAACGCACUCUAGCGACUCCUUGUGGCGGGCCGGGCGCCUGCAAGCUGAUUUUGGUCACACAUUGGUGCGGCUUGCUUCCGGGUUAAGCGAGCGGUGUGUCAAGAAGCAGUGCGGCUUGGCAGGGUCGUGUUUCGGAGGAUAACUCCCCUACGCCUCCCCCGAGUCCGUACGGGAGUUGCAGCGAAGGGACAAGACUGUAACUACCAAUUGGAUAUCACAAAAUUGGGGAGAAAGAGGUAAAAGUAUUUUAAAAAUAGUUAUUUAUGCAACUUUAGUUGUGAUACAAACCUUACUUACGCUAUAUGUUUUGAUUUCUAAGGCUGCAUGAUGCGACUGCAAUAAUGUUAUUUAUUUAUUUUUCGCAUGAAAGGCAUGCGCUCUGCUCUGUUUCUUGCGCAGGCUGCACACACUUCAUCACUCUCAAUUUAAUCUGUUCUUUAUCCGUAAUCCGUAGCCUGCGAAUGGAGGUUUGAUGCGGUUACGUUUUUAAUAUACCAGGUGGUUGUAAAGCGGAUUAAUGUGCUUAAUUUUAGGAAUAAAUAUAGCAGCACGAGAAAGCUGGGAUCCUUUUUUUUAAUAGUGUCCAGUCAAAACUCUGUUUUCACACACGAUUGCGCAAUGACUGGGCUUAUAAGAUCACGUUUCACUAGGCUAUGGGCUCUCCAACCCUGUUUCAGAGGUCCUGCGCAACAGGUGAUCCUAUUCUGCUCAAACUCUGAAUUCCAGGGCUCAUAAAGUGUUUGAUUUGAAUUUUUUAUUUUUAUUUUUUACCCCUUUUUCUCCCCAAUUUCGUGGUAUCCAAUUGGUAGUUACAGUCUUGUCCCAUCGCUGCAACUCACGUAUGGACACGGGAGAGGCGAAGAUCGAGAGCUGUGUGUCCUCUGAAACACAACCCAACCUAGCCGCACUGCUUCUUGACACAAUGCCCGCUUAACCCGGAAGCCAGCCGCACCAAUGUGUCGGAGGAAACACCGUACACCUGGCGACCGUGUCAGCGUGUUCUGCGCCCGGCCCGCCACCGGAGUCGCUAGUGCGCGAUGGGAAGAGAACAUCCCUGACGGCCAAAACCUCCCCAAACCUGGACGACGCUGGGCCAUUUGUGCACCACCCCAUGGGUCUCCCGGUCGCGGCCGGCUGCAACAGAGCCUGGACUCUAACCAGGAUCUCUAGUGCCUUAGACGACUGCGCCACUCGGGAGGCCCCGAUUUUAUUAAUUUUUCGAUAGCAUUUGCAUUGAUGUCAGAAUGAUUAGAGGGACAAUAGAGUGCUGAGUACCUGGCCGUUAGCAAGUUUUAGUAGGCUACUAAUGACCAUCAUCGGCAUCAGAGUGCAGCUUGGAGAAGCCUAGUUAUCGUGACUCAACGAUCCCAUGGAAUUUGACUGCGGUCAUGACUUGUGACUGGCGGUAAUACGGUCACCGUAACAGCCCUAGUGAAGACAUUACUUGUCCACAAAGGGUUGGUGUGGGUGCUGGCUUUUGUUCCAGCCAAGCAGUAAAAAAAAGCCAUAACAUAUUUUUACAUUUUAGUCAUUUAGCAGAUGCUCUUAUCCAGAGCGACUUACAGUUAGUGAGUGCAUACAUUUUCAUACUGGCCCCCCGUGGGAAACGAACCCACAACCCUGGCGUUGCAAGCGCCAUGCUCUACCAACUGAGCUACAGGGGAGCACUAACACCUAAUUGAACUCAUCGUUUUCGGGGCUAAGAUUCCCCACCCCUGGUUUACCUAAUUGAGACUCAGCCUUACUGUUUCUUCCCCUACCCACUCUCUCUCUGCUAGGCCAAGAUCAUGUGCUCGUCUAACUGUAAGUGUGUUGGCUGUAAGAACUUUGAGGAGAGCCCUGAGAGGAAGACUCUGAUGCACCUGGCUGAUGCAGCUGAGGUCAGAGUUCAACAACAGACGGCAGCCAAGACCAAGCUGUCGUCACAGAUCUCAGACCUGCUCACAAGGACCACCCCCGCCAUCACCAGCGGAGGGGGGAGGUAAGACUCCCUCUAGACUCACUCUCUCCAGCCUCACCCCCCUUUCUUGAUUCACCCUCUCUCUUCUCACUAGGGUUGCAAAGGAAGGGUAUAUUACUGGAAACGUUCUACAUUUACCAGUAAACUACCAGAAUUUUGGUAUCUUUCAAGGAUUUUAUGUAAUCUAUCGAAAUACAUCUAGUGGCCCUUUUGGGUACUUCAGAUUAUCACAGUCUGUAAUAAUCUCUGGCCUUCUGUGUAGUUGUAUCACAUGUAAAAUAUAUGAAAUAAUUAAAUAAGAUGAUUACAUAUAUACAUUUAGGGUUUCAGCAUGAAAUAUCCUUUAUAUACAUUUUACUAUGUCAAUGUGCAUUUAUUGUCAAUAUUUUGGCGUCAAACUAGUGGCAGUUGUGAAAAAGUCCAUCGUUGGCAGAGUUGCAGGGUUAAUUGAAGAUAAUGGCAUUGUUGAUUAAAUGCUUUUUUGAUUAAUUAGGCUAUUUCUCUAGGCUAUUUACCAUUAGCUUUGCAACCCUACUUCUCACCCCCUCUCCUCCACCCAUCCUCUUUAGAUGUAUUAUCUGUAGCCUCACCCCCUCUCCUCCACCCAUCCUCUUUAGAUGUAUUCUCUGUAGCCUCACCCCCUCUCGCCUCCCCCUCUUCAGCCUAUCCUGCUUUGUACUCCCCCUCUAUCCUGUGUAUCUUGUGGUAGUACAGUGGCUAAUCUCAUCCUCUCUCCACCAGGAUGCCCUUUACGUUUGUGACGAAGAAGGUGGCAGAGGCGACGUGUGAAUGUCUGCUGGAGCAGGCUGAGCAGGCAGAGCUGAUCCAGCAGCCCCAGGCCACCGCAGAGAGGAUGAUCCUGGAAGAGUUUGGACGCUGCCUCAUGAGGAUCAUUAGCUCAGCGGGCAAGACGGACUGUCCCUCCAUCAACUGCUAG